AUGAGCGUAGAGGGAGGCCCAACACGUGCCUCCCCGUCUGUAGCUGCAACCAGCAGCCCCAGUGCGAGCCAAGAGAAUGAUCAGGCUCAGGCUAACUCAGCAUCGGUUCCCCACGGUCUUCCCUCAAUGAAGCAACAAGAUAUAACUGCGCCGGAUUAUGCAGCAGGCUACGUCAGGCGUGGAGGAGUUGGAGGAUUCAAAAGGGGUUCUUUGAAAGGACGCGGGAGGAACAAGCUAGCUACGGGAUUAGGUGCCGGGAGCGGCUUGAGUGGGGCAGCUACCAAAUUUGUCUCCCCAGAUGCCGUGCUUGAUGCUGCACGUCGAGUUAAAGACUCUCUGCCCGAUCUGUCUCCUGAGCUUUUGGCAAGCCUUAGGGCCAGGGGCCUCGAGCCGUGCACGUUAAAGGAGGUAUUGGAAGAGCGGGGCCUUCAAUGGGCAGCUACACAGGUGCGGGAUGAACGAGCUGAAUCUGAGCACAAGCGGCUGCUGGAGGCCUUUCAGAGGCAAUGCAAGGGCUGGGGAAACAACAGAGAGGGUUGGGUGCACAGAAAGUGGCACAGCGUCAUAGUCUGCCCAGAUUUCAAACGCGGGGGCCUCCAGGUGUCGCGGUCUUCUAUGCGGGAAAUGUGGAACAGCAUUAUGUCCGUGGUACAUGGCUUUGUGAACCCUGACCUCGUAGUCUGCAGAGUUACUGACCCAACUCACCCUGUGCGUUUCGCCACUCCGCCAGGAGAGAGCUGUUUUACGGUUGUAUACGCGGGGAAAGGGCCUAUGAAGGCCUCUAAGGAGAGAAGAAUACUUGGGGAGUACACAGGCCAUGUCAGGGCGGGGAGUACCAACAAGCAAAGGUUCGAGUAUGUUUUUGAUUUAUCUUUUUGCGCGUUGGCAUGGCGCGCGGCUGAGGAGUUUGAAAAAGAAAGUGAUUCUUCAGGAGAAGAAGGGCCUUCCACUGUAUCCAAAGUACCAGCCCCUGCUUCCCAGGAGGCAAGCGUAGAUGAGAACACAGAGCUCCACAAGAAGGCGAAGGAGGACGUCGUGAGUAAUGAAGGCGUACGCAGAGUCCAAGUCACAGGGUCUUCGAAUAUCAAGCGAGUGGCGCUUCCUGUCCGCGGAGAGUUGGUGCUGGACUCGCACGAUGCGUGCAACCAGAUGUCUCUUGUUAAUCACUAUGGCACCAUUGGCCUACUAGGUGAGAAAAUAUGCCACUGCAACACGGAAUGGCAGCAAGUCUUUGUGGAUGGGUGGCCUCAUAUUGUCCUUACAACCAUUCCAGGCGUGGCAAUAGAACCAGGAGAAGAAGUCUUAGCUGAUUUUGGCUAUGACUGGUUUAAUAGGGUGCAAGAUGUGUCCCACAAAGCGAUAGCCCGCGAGUUGCUUGACUACCGAAUUGGUGUCAAGACAGGCGGCUGUCAGACGUUGGCUCCGGCAAGGAAUGCAGAGUGCUUGGUGAGGGACAACGACGCGUCUCUGCAGACUCGAGCCCGGAUAGGAGAAGUGUGUCCUUAUUGUCACUCGGACGAAAUACCACUGGUACCAGGUUCUGUUGCAACGGUUUCAGUUGAUUUAGCAGUCGACGGCUGCAAGUCAGCAGCUGGAAAGCACAAUACCGAAAAGAAGCUAGAGCUGGCAAAAACGCAGGGGCCAAGGAAAGCCGGAGCAGCAGACAUGGAGACUAAUGAUAAAGCUUCCAUCUGGGGAGAGCAGGUCGUGCACUGUGACGGAUGUGACAGACCCUGCCAUCUUCGUUGCAUCUUUGGGGCCCACGCUGCCGAUCGCAGACAGCAAGAACAGCGGGAACAAGGGGAGCUUAAUCACAACCAGAAGCAGGAGCAGCACGAUGACCAAAAAAACGGUGAACAGGCGGAACAGCAAUUCUCAGAAAAGCAACAGGAACAGCAGUCUCCAGAACAGCUGCAGGGACAGCAACCGCGAGAACAGCAGCAGAAACAGCGGCAUCCAGACCAUCGGCAGGAACAGAACUACCAAAAGGCACAGCAAAACCAGAAGAUUGGUGAACUGAAGGGAUUUCAGAGUAACUGCUGUGCGCACGUCGCAUCAAGCGACGCGCCAACUAACGGCCGAGAGACAUACUGGUCUGAGGCGAACUUCGGCGUUGUUACUGGUGGUGAGACUGUUGAAGACAUCUACCGCUGGUUUGUUGAGGGCGAUUACAAGUGGUUUUGUUGUGUGUGUCGACUCCAGUGGGAGAGAAUGGCAGCAGCCAUGAACUUCUCAGUAGACUGGCAAGCCCGGAGGGUGCUUAGGGAAGGGAACCCACUGCUUUUGCAUCCGUCAAAUGAGGUUAUCACGAAGAGCGCCGUAACUUCGAAGAUCGAAAGAGCAGGUUCGGGUCCACUUAAUAUUACGGAGGAGGUGGAGCACGCAAGCAGCGCAGUCAGCGACAUAUGCGGCAAUAGACGCAGAGGCCCUGGCGCAAGGUGGUCUGAUGGCACUGGCAUUCCCAAGAGACGGAAAAGGACUGCAGAGGGACAAGUUGCGUGUGCCACGGGCUCAAAAGACACCGUCUGCGUGGGAACAGUGGAAGAAAACCACCAGGGAGGUGCCUUGCCCACAAAGACAGAGCAGCGUUCUCGACAGGAAACAGACGGAUCUGUUUCUCAGGGCAGCAGAACGGAUACUACCGGUUGUACUUUGGGGGCAGAAGCACAAUUGGCAGCUUCAGUUGCUCCGUAUAGUGCUUACCCUGAUCGGUCUGCCUCCGAAGCAUUCAAAAGGAGUGUCAGUAACACGCCUCUCAGCGGGCCUCAGCCAGAAUAUAUUGCAGCAGCGUCAGACGAGGUUUCCGCAAGCCUUCCCAUGGAGGGUAGCGUAGGCACUUUGCUCUGCACUGGCAGAAGUAUUGAGGCUAUCGAAAAGGAUGGUAGGACAUUGCCAGUUCACACGCUGGAGCCCACCGACGAAGGCUGUAGCGCGGAUGGAGAUCCAUCAUUAAGUGCAGAAGUCAGGGGGAAUAGUGGCCACGGUAACACAAGUGGACCUGUGAGAGGAAGCGAUAGUCUGAUUGUCGAGCCAAUGCGCGUGUACAAAAAUAGCAGCGAAAAGAGCCAAACGAGCAAGAUGCAGCCUUGCCCUGUCUCGUUAACACCCGAUGAAUUUUCAGGCGAAGAGCUGCUGGGCUGUCGGACUGAAAUGCUUGUGGAGCCACGGACACUUUUGGGCGCACUGCAGCCGUGUGUGCGCUGCUACAAACUGUAUGGCUCGAAGGCAAGCGUGGAAGUUUGUAGACUGACCAAACGACACUUGGCGUCCAACUGGGAUCAUCCGCAUUUCGCUUCCCCUGCUCAGAUACAGGAUGCACUGCUAACGUGUUUCCAAGAUGCCCUGCUAACUGUGCAGAGAGAGCAUCGGGAAAAAUUGCGUGGACUUCUAGACAGCAUGAGCCCGCUACAGAGAGGAGAAAGCAUGAACUCUUUCCUUGGAGACACUAGGCACCCAAGGAUACAUGAAAAUGCAGCCCGCCGCAGCGCAGAAAACACACUGAAACCGGAAAUUCGUACCACUGAGGUAGUAACGAAAGGGGCUAUUCCUCUUAUUAGUGUUACCUUGGGAAAGACAAGGGUCGACUACAAGUUCCCAUGUCCAAAGACGAAGAAACCAAAAUGGUUUUAUGGCUUAGUGAGUAAUUACCAAGCGGUGUCAACGACGGUCCAGGACGUUGAACCACAUCUAGAGGGGAAGUCGACGCGGAUAGAUGGGCCGGGGAAAGGUGGAACUGGCAGCAAGGAAUUCGAGAAGGAGAGGACAGUCACAUACUUUACAAAUCAGUUCCGUAUCGACUAUGACGACGGAGAUUUCCAAACUGUCCCACCUCAUGAGCUAAUUGAAAUGCUGAUUGAGACGGGACCUGGUAGCAAGCUAGACGGACGGAAAGCCAUUACCACGACUCCUUUAACGAAAAUGCUUUCCCCAGAAUUGAAGCGAGCAAACCGCCAGGUCAAUCAGCUCGUCCGUGAAACCAACAAGAAGGGCUGCACGGUUAACUCGGACUUGGACACGGAUGACGAAUAA